ACAGUAAAGAUUUGCUGGAGGUCUUAAUCUUUCUUUUAAGAAAGUACUUCAACACAGUUACUAAUCAUCCUUACGUUUUUUUUGAAACCUUGCUGAAUGAGGGAGGAGCAGUACUAUCUUCUGUGGCCUCAAACCUGUUACGGACCAAAUAUCCAGAAAUAUCAUAUAUGGAAUUAGUUCACAAGGAGAUGCAGCAGAGAGCUCUACUUGCCCGUUUUCAGUGUUGGUCCCAGGUAGCCUGUUUGGAUGUUUCACAACAGUUAGACUACAUGGUGUGUGAAUGUAAGGACGGAACGAUUCAAUUGUGGUCACUCCAUACUGGCAAGCUGGUGUGGGUACGUCCUGUUAUGAUGAAGAAACUUCUCCUAGAUCUUUUUGGAGCAUAUAGAGCGCCGCUAGUUUCUUCAGUCUUGUCAUUUUACCGCUCAGUUGGUUUUCAUCCCACAGAAGAAGUGGUCCUACCAGGAGUCCUCAGCCAUGCGUAUACUUUUGAGGGAGAACUGAAACCACUUUUUCCUAAUAGCAACUGCACUUUUACAGUUUGCUCAAUUUCAGGAGACAUGACUAGGAUGUUAACUGAUUGUCCUGAUGAUGCCAAGUGCAUUAUUAUGUGGAGCCUGGAGGAUGGUUCAGAAAUUGCUCGUACCACCAGAAGUAACGAUGUUUUAUCGUUUACUUGGUCACGAGAUGGAAGGUUCCUCGCAAUGACCUUUUCCACGGGUUUGAUUUGCUUGGUUGAUGUCAUGGAUGGUUUUAGAACAAUAGUAGAAACAGCCAUUCCAGCAGUUUGUGGAAUGAUUAAGUGCUCAACUGACUUUCGUUCCCUUUUUUGUUUUAGUUUAGCACAUUCCGCUCCUUUAAACCUUUUUCGUUUGCGUAUCAGUUUGGUGGAGCAUCCCAGCUGUAUGCUAUAUGUUUUUGAUAAAUCCGAGCCCUGGCAAUUUGAAUCUCCUAAUGAGGCUGGGUUUUUGUUAGGAGACCCUAUUUCGUUUCGGGAUGGAGCAUUUGAUUUUGUGUUGAACAAGGAAACUGUCUUGCGGUGUUCUCCUUAUCGUAGUUUCAUAGACAUGUUGAAUGUUAAUGAGCUAUGGAAAUCUAACCGAGAACCUACGAUUACCGUAGUCAAAGAAAUUGUACUUUCUUUGAGUGGCAAGACUGUUUAUGUUCUCAGUGGUGCGGCCAAACCAACAGUUAGGGCUUUGGACGCUGCAAGUGGGAAGCUCAUGGCGGAGAAACACAUCGAAAACAUGGUCGUGGCAGAAUGCAAUCAUUCUCUAGUAGCCGUGAAAGAAGGUGUUUUAUUUGCAACCAUGGAUGGUCUUGUGCUGUGGAGUUAUGAAUUGUCUAAGUGCGUGCGAAAUUUGACCCACUUUUACAGAAUCCAUCAGGUGGUUUCCAUAUCAGAAGAACAAGUGGCAUGUGCAUGUAAAGAAUGGACAGGUGAAAUCAGAGUGAUUAUCAUUCUGGAUACCACUAGCGGAGAGAUAUUGUCCACAAUCCCAAUUGGUCGCAGACGUUUUGUUUCAUGUAACAGUAAAAUCCAGCUGCUGACCUGCGGCGAGAGCUCCCUUAGGCUUUCGGAUGACAAAACUACCCUCUGGAAAAAGCGUCUCUCUUCCCCACUUGACUUGUCCAAUUUGCCUGGGAUGUUCUCUCUUGCGGAAACGUUUGUCGUGAUUUGGGCAAAAACACCUGAGAGGGAUGGCGAAGGAAUGUACGUCCUUGAUGCAGUUUCUGGAGACACAUUGCGUAUUCUAUGUAGAUGCAAACAAUUUUUUGAUUGCAAAUUUGUCAGUGAUGUGGAAUGUGUUGUUAGCUCCCAGGCUACCUCAGGAGGUUAUUGUGUGCGGCUGUUUAACGUCAAGUCUGGUGACCUGUUGAGUGUAAUCGAUCUGGAGAGAAAAGUGAAUUGUUUGGCAGCCUGUCCUCGUGAGCGUCUCCUCGCCAUUACCGAAAGUAACUCUAAACUUGGAUACAAUCUUAUCCACGUGCAGUUGCCGCAAGAUAGAGACAGAAGGAAGAGCAAAAGGUUGAACAACGCACCCCAGAUCGAAAAGAGGAAAGAAAACAAGAGAGAUCCGACGCACCCGUAAAAGGAACAAUGUGUUAGCUUUAGGUAAGACCGUUUUCCAUAUCUGAUGCCGAUGAAAGACGCUGGUGAUAUAUAAUAUAAUUUGUAACUGCAGACAGUGCUGUUUCGGUCUUCUGGGCCUCAACAGUGCAGUGCUGAUACUAGGGUAGAGGUUAGGCUAAGUAGCUACCUCUGAUGAUCCCACACGUAUCAUCUAAACCAUGCCGAGAGUACUCAAACUGGCGAACAAGCGAGCUUCGCACACAAAGGUUAGUGACAAUGGUGCAACCUAACGAGAGUGCUCAACAAGGUAUGAACCAAGGAGUCUAUCUAACUGCAGACUGUACUCUUUCGGCCUUCUGUGCCUCAUCAUAUCAAUGCAGUGCAAUUUGUAUCGAGAAUGAAAAUAAUCUAAUAUAUAUCAUUGUAGCUCUGAAAAGAUCGUCAAAUAGGUCCUCGCAAAGAUACGCUGAAACGAACGCCGGUAAGAAUUUUAAGAUAUAUUAUGAAGUAGUUUCCGCUUGACAUAACGUUGUCCUUUAUGGAUUACGUUUUAAACUCGUGAUUGCGUUAGCAGAUUAUGC